GGAGUUUUGAUACAGCGAGAGGGAGGUCGGAGAGAACAGCCGUCGAAGUUGUUGUGUUGUUUAUGAAAAGAACUCCGUGGAUUAAACGCAAAGGGAUGGAUUUGAUGACCUUUCACUUUUGUUUUUUUCUAUUAGUACUCAUCACAGGGUCUAGCCAUGGCCUGGAGAUCAUCUCGGCAGGCCCCAGCACUGUGGAGAAGGCCAGUGGCGAUAGCGUGAAGCUCGACUGCCAGUUCACAUUGGCCCCCGAGGACUCGGGCUCGCUGGACAUCGAGUGGAGCCUCCAGCCCUCAGACACCCAGGACGAGGAGAAAGUGGUCAUCCUCUACUCUGGCGACCGGGCAUAUGAGAACUACUACGCUCCUCUGAAGGACCGUGUCCACUUCAACUCCAUGGACCCCAAAAACGGCGAUGCCUCCAUCAACCUGCUGUCACUCAAGUCGGCCGACACAGGCACAUACCAGUGCAAGGUGAAGAAGGUGCCAGGCAUCCGCAGCCGGAAAGUGAUACUGCGAGUGAUGGUCGCUCCAUCUAAGCCGCGGUGCUACUCAGAGGGGGCCACGCAGGUGGGCAAGGACGUGGUGCUGCGCUGCGAGUCGACCGAGGGCACCAGCCCCAUCUCCUACACCUGGCAGAGGGACAACAAGCUGCUGCCCGCCUCCGCCGUUCUGGACCCUGUUGGCGGCACAAUCAACAUCCGCAAUGCUAGCGAGGGUUCCUCCGGGACAUACCGUUGCGUGGCCAAGAAUCGCGUGGGCGAGCAGGACUGUGUCUACGAGCUGAACGUCAUCCCUCCUCCCAACACGGCCGGCAUCGUCGCUGCGGCGGUCAUCUGCGUGCUCCUCGCCCUCAUCAUCAUCGCCAUCAUCCUCUUCUGCUGCUGCCGCGCACGUCACCGCAAGAAGUACGAGAAGGAGAUCUCCUACGAAAUCAGAGAGGACGUGCCCCCUCCUAAGAGCCGUGUGUCGACAGCGCGCAGCUUCACCAGCGUGGGCAGCCAGCGCUCCUCCCUGGGCUCCAUGUCGCCCUCCAACCUGCACGAGUACACCAAGCCACAGUACGACAAGAUCCCCUCGGAUGAGUUCGAGCGGCCCCCUAGCCACGCACCCCUGCCGCCCCCUGGCAAGCCCGUGGGUCCCAACCUUAGCCGCAUGGGCGCCAUCCCAGUCAUGAUCCCCGCCCAGAACAGGGAUGGAUCCAUCGUGUAGCGACCCCCACCCCCCCACCCUCAUCACCGUGCAGCGCCAGGUCUCUCCGUGUGACUGUGUGACUGUGUGUGUGCGUGCAUGCAUGUGUGUGAGUGUGUGUGUGACUGUGUGUGUGCGUGCAUGCAUGUGUGUGAGUGUGUGCGUGACUGUGUGUUUGAGUAAUUGUAUGAAAACCCCACAACGCACUCAACACCUGGACAAACAGAAGAUGGUAGAUGAGACUGGAAGGAAGAAAAAGAAACACAUGUAUUGACUUUCAGAACUUUUCCUGACCUGAAGAAGACGAGUGAUUGACAUGCUUUAUGGUCUGUAGGGUGAAUGGGAGUUCACUUCACCUGUUUUUAUUGUUGUAAAUAGCCCAGUGCAUGAUAUCUUUUUAAGUUUAGAUGAUCCUGUCAAAUGAAAUCUUAGGGUGAAAAUGAUUUAUAAAAAGGUUUUCACAUGGAUACAUAGUAAUAUUCUCUGUAAAAACCAACAAUGCUUCAACUAAAUUAGACAUCUGAUCAUGAUAUUGUGCUGAAAGCUUUAGCACCUACUCUUUACCUUUUUAUGAAUUUGGCCUUUUGUUUUACCUCUGUCCAGGUUCCCACCAUUUUACAUGACCACAUGUCUCAGGAUAUGGCUAAGUGAUGCUCAUGAAAUGUAAUGUUUAACAACUCCGCAGUCUCCAAUCAGAAGGAUUUGCUACAUCAUUUAAGCCUUCCAGGGCUGUUUGCGAAUUUCUUUCAUGUGCCCUUAGUGGGCUUUUCUUUUGUUCAUUUUUUAAAAAUAUUUUUCAAGAGAUUGUUUGAAGGAUAGAUAUUUACUGUCUAUUUUUUCUUUUCUUUUUUAAUUAAGAUCUUUUACACAACCCUUAGUGGGAGUCUGGGACGCCCACACUCCUCUUGUCUUUUCCUUGUACAAGUGCCAUGUGGUUGGCGGGCUCUAGUAAUCUGCUGAGCUGAGCUCCCCUCUCCUCCUCCUCCUCCUGCUCCUUCUCCACCUCUUGACCGUUUUUAGCGCCCUUGGCUUGGUGGUGGAGUGGUUCAAAAAGAAGGCUUUUGAUUGGUGGGUCUUUGUUUCUCCUCGCGUGGCUACUGCGCUCCCCCUCCACACACACAACUCUCCUCUCCUCGUUACAGGGCCGUUCCAAAGACCGAGUGUGUAGGUGUGUGUGUGUGUGUUGGUUUUUAGGGAGUAGCGGGGACUUGGGCCGGUGGGGGUCAUUCUUUGUUCACAGGGCACUCAUAUUUGAUUAGAUUUGACUACAAACGGACCUGUCAACUCUAUUCACCUCAGAGUUGCUCUACUCCCACAGUUGAUAUUACAUAUCAACAUAUCAGCAUAUUGGAGGCCCCAUGUCCCCUUAAUGACACACACACACACACACAGCAUUUCUCUGAUUACAUAACAUUUUUUAUAACAAUGCCCACCAUCCAGCUCUUCUCAUCCCAUGUGUGUACAUAUAAGUAUUAAUCGCCUUGUGUGUCUAAUUGAAAAUAUGAAGUAUCCCACUUCUGGGUCUGUGGUGAGCUGUAUUAUUUGCACCAUUGGUCAGAUUAUUUAAUUGAAGGAUUAACUAAACGAGUCACAGUAGAAAACUGACUUUGAGCGCAAAAAGCCCUCCGUGAAUACCCCCUCGCCCGAGACCAUAGCGAGUCUGAAAUGACCCCUGCAGUACAUGUGCCUUGACCGUGCUGGCUUUGCAUAGACUAAUGCAAAGGAUGUAGCUGACAAAACACUCACACACCAGCGUGGUCGGUGGCACUGACUUAGGUUGGCACAAACCAGUGUGGUGUAUGGUGACGGGAAUACUUUGUAUACGUGAUACAGAUACUCGGUAGGAAUGCAUUGCACCCUGGUCAGGUUUGGUUGUGAAGGUCGCCAAACACUGUUUUCAAACUGACCUCGUUCACCUCAAAUGUUUAGCUGUGAGUUUUGAGUCCGAGUUUUAGUCAAAUCAUCAGCUCAGUAUCAAAAUGUCUAUCUCCAAGCAUUCAUUUACAGUCUCUCCCUUGGAAGGAGACUUUUUAAACAUCUGUUUCAGAUUUCAUUUUUUAUGAACAUUGUUUCUGUUUUAAUGUGUAUGUAUAUACUGUAAUUUUGAUUCUGAGUGUUAGUUUCAUUCAAAUGAACUGUGUACGAUAACUACUCGCUCACAUGCUGUUCUUAGCAAGUGUAAAUCUGAAGAUAACAUUUUUGGGGGUGGUGUGGGAAGGUAUAAUGACUUUAUACAUAAGUGAAGAGGAUUGUGUACAGACUCACGCAGGUGAAGGCUAUAGAGAGAAUGUAUCUGAUUUCUGGAUUCAGAAGAAACAUUUGCAAACAAACGUGCUGGAAUUCAUUUUCUUUUUGGGUAAACAGAAAAGAAUAGGUGAAAGGCCUCUUAAAUGUUCUUCACUGUGGAGACAGAGGGGCCAUUCAUUCUUCUGCAAGCCCUCAUGGCUGAAUGUUGUCCCCUGAUUUUUUUAAUUUUUUUUGGAUAGGGUCCAGGUAGUCCUUUAGUAGCAUAGACAUCUAGCCAUUCACCUGCUGAUCUCAAAUCAAAUGUCAGUAGUGAUUAAGUGAAAUUGUACAGUUCCUUGAAGUUAAAUGGCAAUUACUACUUCUAAUAUCAUUAACUGUAGAUUUGAAAAAGUGGUACUAAUAUUGUUUGAAGAUAUUCUCCUUUUUUCUUUCUUUUUUGGUUUGCACAUUAUGUAAAAACCUUAGUUCUUUUUCUUUUGUGUGUGUAAUUUUGUGAUGUAUUUUUAAAUAAUAAAAGAAACUGGAAAAACGACAAA